UGCCUCGCUUAGUUGUUAGUCGGCGGUUUUCAAGUGCGCACACGAGACGCGCUCCAUUCGCGUCAGAUCUGCCUUCGAGAAACUCCCAAGGAAAUACCCAAACACCCUUUAGAACACUCGACUCUCCACGGCAAGAUGCUGUCAACCAAGAGCUCUUUCACCGCCCACCUAUUGCUGUUGCUUUUUGGUGGCCUGCUGCUAACUCAUCACCGAGUCCAAGGUCAGGCGAGUAAAGUGUCCUCCAAGUUGGACUUCGAUGAGAGCGAUGGCAGCAACAAUCAGACGGGCUUGUCCGGCCAGCCGGGAGCUGGAAAUGGGAGCUACGACCCCGGAACGGGACGAGGUCUGGGCGGUUCAGGAGGAGGCGGAGGAGGAUCUGGAGGGGGCACCUCGAGCAGCGGCAGCGGCGCAUCCAGCGGGGGAAAUCGACCCAAGAUCCACGGAGUACGGGUCACCGUCGAUACGGGCGAUGGACAGCAGCAAACGAAAGAGUCCAAGGAGAGCGUGGAAAUUACGGAUUUGGGCAAGCACAAGAAGCGUGUGGGCAUCCACACGGACAUCACGUUCGAAAUAACCUCCGAUCCGGAUGGCAAUGAGACCAGCUCCGCUCAGCAGCCGGGCGACAAGGAGGACGCCAGUGUGCCCGUCUACAAGGGUCGCGGGGGCAGCGACUCCAAGCACAAGGCCCGUAAGCCCUAUGAUCCUAAGUCCCAGUGGAAUCCCAACUUCUCCGGCGAGCAGCGUGGCUACCAGGGAUCCACCAACCGUGGUGGCUACCAGGGAUCCAGUCGCGGUGAUUACUACCCGCAGUACUAUCCCCAGAACGUGUACACCGGGGGAAGUUCCGAUGCAGGCAGCAUCUACAGGAACGGCGAGACCUGGACGCACUACGUGCCAGUUUGGACCACGGAGCGGGUGCCGCAGGAGCAGGGACAGAUCUACAGACGACCCAGCUGGAAGCCCUGCUACUGCAUGUCAUCCGCGGAUUUCCGCAGGCGUCGGGAUAGCAAAGCUGGGCGGGAUCCGCUGGAUCACCACAAGGGUGUGAUCAACAGUGGGGUAGUCCAGGUGGUGGACGGCAAGCUGGAGAGACCCUUUUCCUGAGGAGAAGCCCCCUACCCUAACUUAAUCCUUAGCUCUCCAUUACUUUUGAAAUAAAACUGUCGUUGUAGUUUUUAAAUUUGA